CUUGCAGAUCCUCACCAGUCUCUCUGGGAAGGUUAUUAAAUCUACAGUUCCAGAAUCAUGGAGCACUUCAUGUAUGAACGGGAUCUGAAUGCUCCCCCUAAGUAUGACUCCCAAUCCUAUGAAUCCAUUAAGAAAGAAUUACCUGGCCAGACUAUGAAAUCCACUGUGGUCACAAUCACGCCUGAUAGCCCCCCUAUACGGGAUCACAUCAUUUGGUCACUUUUUAACACCAUAUACUUGAAUUUCUGUUGCUUGGGACUUAUUGCCUUUGUUUUCUCCAUUAAGUCCAGAGAUCGAAAGUUACAUGGAGACAAGCAUGGUGCCCUGAGCUAUGCUUCCACCGCCCGCUCUCUAAACAUCGCCGCCACUGUGCUGUUUAUUGUUUACAUGAUCAUCCUUUUUAUUAUAAUCCGUAUGGAAUAUUUUUGAUGAAAUAUCCAACAUCCAUAUGACCAAAUGGAAAUAAAUAAUUUUGGAAAGUGAUGCAACAUAUUCUAAAAAGUA